UAUGACCUGCUCCCACCUCUUCAUCACCCUCCUGGCUCUGAGAAUAGUAUGACUGCUCCCACCUCUUCACCCUCUUCCUCAUGGAGAGAAUGGUACAGACUGCUUCUGCCUCUCUUUCCCCCCUCCCUGUUGUGAGAAUAGUGUGACCUGCUCCUGCCUCUCUCUUUUCCCCCAUUCUUGCUGUGAGAAUGGUAUGGCCUGCUCCCUCCUCCCCAUCUCCCCUCCUUGCUGUGAGAAUGGUAUGUCCUGCUCCCUCCUCUUCCCCUUAUCCUUGCUGUGAGAAUGGUAUGGUCUGCUUUUGCCCUCUCUCAUUCUCAUCAUUACAGUGAGAAAGGCAUUGCCUACUCCCACCUCUCUUUCCCCCCCCAUCCUCCCUGUGAGAAUGGUACGGCCUGCUCCCACCUCUUUCAUCCUCACUAUAAGAAUGCUCUGCCCUCCUGUGACGAGCCGCCGGAGCGGGACCAAGCACCCUCUGUCUGCCAGACUGGGCUCUGCCUGUGGGCCUGGCUGGUUCUGCACCCUGCUGGAGGAGGAUGCUGUAACCUGCUGGAGCCGGACCUGGAGCCUGUGAUUGGCAGAGGCUGGGUGGGGGGAGGGGGUUGACUUUUCAGGGGUCUGGAUUUGUUCUCUCUGAAUUCUGGAUAUUUGGAUCCUGGUGUCCUUUUGCCCCGUGUCACUAAGUGGCAGUGAAAGUGCCCCACCUUCUCUCUGAGUGGAACCCCCUCUCAUCGCCACCUGCUCCCCGCCUCCGAGGAAGCCACUGCAUCUCAAUCCCUCCUGCCCCUCCCUCCCUGCAUCAAGCUGCCUGCCCCCCCCAUGAGGAUCUAAGGCAGUGGUGUUGGGGGGGGGCGGCGCCCAGCAUUUGCCUUGAGGGGGGGGCAGGGACAGAUGCAACUGGGCGCCAUGGCCAGACUGGGUGCCCUGAUGCCUUUGGUGUUGCUGAUGGGUGCUCUGCUGGGCCCAGGGGCGGGCGGGGCAGCGCUGGAGUUUGGUGGUGCCACGGGGCAGUGGGCCCGCUAUGCCCGCUGGGAUGCCAGCUCCUUGGGGGAGCUGAGCUUCAGCCUGAAGACUAAUGUCUCGUGGGCGCUGGUGCUGUACCUGGAUGAUGGGGGGAACUGCGACUUCCUGGAGCUCAUGAUCGCUGAGGGGCGCCUGCGCCUGCGCUUCACCAUCUCCUGUGCCGAGCCUGCCAAUUUGCAUUUGGAGACGCCUGUGGACGACGACCGCUGGCACAUGGUGCUUCUGACCCGUAACUACCGGGAGACCAUGCUCGUGGUGGAUGGCGAGGCCAAGGUGGCCGAGGUCAAGUCCAAGCGGCGGGACAUGGCGGUGGAGAGCGACCUCUUUGUGGGGGGGAUCCCACCCGACGUGCGCCUCUCAGCCCUCACCCUGAGCACUGUGAAGUAUGAGGUGCCGUUCAAGGGGCUGGUGGCCAACCUCAAGGUGGGCGACAUGCCGCCGGCCCUGCUGGGCAGCCAGGGCAUCCGCAGUGAUACUGAGUACCUGUGCACCAAGCAGAACCCCUGCGCCCACGGUGGGCUCUGCAGUGUGCUGAACGGUGAGGUGCAGUGCGACUGCAGCAUGACUGGCUUCCAGGGCAAGUUCUGCAGUGAAGAAGAGCACACGAUGGAAGGUCCUGCUCAUCUGACGUUAAACAGCCAAGUAGGGUCCAUUCUGUACUCGGAAGGGGGGGAAGGGAGAGGAGCCAGUGAGGUGCAGCACACAUCAAAAGGGAAGGAGGAAUACGUAGCAACCUUCAAGGGCAACGAAUUCUUCUGCUACGACCUGUCCCACAACCCGAUCCAGAGCAGCACUGACGAGAUCACGCUGUCCUUCCGCACCCUGCAGCGCAACGGCCUCAUGCUGCACACGGGGAAGUCGGCCGACUAUGUCAACCUGUCACUGAAGAGUGGAGCCGUGUGGCUGGUCAUCAACCUGGGGUCAGGCGCCUUCGAGGCACUGGUGGAGCCCGUCAACGGCAAGUUCAAUGACAACAACUGGCAUGACAUCCGGGUGACCCGGAACCUGCGCCAGCACGCAGGAAUUGGACACGCUAUGGUAAACAAACUGCAUUACCUGGUGACCAUUUCCGUGGAUGGUAUCCUGACAACGACAGGCUACACACAGGAGGAUUAUACCAUGCUGGGCUCGGAUGACUUUUUCUACAUUGGGGGCAGCCCCAAUACAGCUGAUCUACCAGGGUCCCCUGUCAGCAAUAACUUCAUGGGGUGCCUGAAGGAUGUCGUGUACAAGAACAAUGACUUUAAGCUGGAGCUGUCCCGCCUGGCCAAAGAAGGUGACCCGAAGAUGAAGAUCAAUGGGGACUUGGUGUUCCGCUGUGAGAAUGUGGCAGCACUGGAUCCAGUCACCUUUGAGUCACCUGAGGCCUAUAUCUCCCUGCCCAAGUGGAACACCAAAAAGACAGGCUCCAUCUCCUUUGACUUCCGCACCACUGAGCCCAAUGGCCUGCUGCUCUUCAGCCAUGGGCGCCUGCAGCCCCCGCGGGAGAGUCGUGCUGAGCGCCCACACAAAGCUGACUACUUUGCCAUGGAGCUGCUCGAUGGCCACCUUUACCUGCUGCUGGACAUGGGCUCAGGCGGCAUCAAGAUGCGUGCCAGCAACAAGAAGGUCAACGACGGCGAGUGGUGCCAUGUGGACUUCCAGCGCGAUGGGCGUAAAGGCUCCAUCUCCGUGAAUAGCCGCAGCAUACCAUUCCUGGCCAGUGGGGAGAGCGAGAUCCUGGACCUGGACAGUGAGAUGUACUUGGGGGGUCUUCCCGAGAACCGUCUGGACUUGAUCCUACCCCCUGAGGUGUGGACUGCCUUCCUCAACUAUGGUUAUGUGGGCUGCGUGCGGGACCUCUUCAUCGAUGGCAAGAGCCGGGACGUGCGGCGCCUGGCCGAGGUUCAGAGUGUGCCUGGCGUCUCCAGCUUCUGCUCUCGGGAGACCCUCAAGCAGUGCAGCAGUGCACCCUGCCGCAAUGGGGGAGUCUGCCGUGAGGGCUGGAACCGCUUCAUCUGUGACUGCCUGGGCACUGGCUACCUGGGCAGAGUGUGUGAGAGAGAGGCCACGGUGCUGAGUUAUGAUGGCAGUAUGUACAUGAAGAUCAUGCUGCCAGGGGUGAUGCACACAGAGGCUGAAGAUGUGUCCCUGCGGUUCAUGUCCCAGCGGGCCUAUGGCUUCAUGCUGGCCACUACCUCCAAGGAGUCGGCUGACACCCUGCGCCUCGAGCUUGACGGCGGGCAGAUGAAGCUCACCGUCAACCUAGACUGUGUCAGGAUAGGCUGUAACCCCAGUAAAGGCCCUGAGACCCUCUUUGCUGGCCAUAAACUCAAUGACAACGAGUGGCACACGGUGCGAGUUGUGCGGCGUGGGAAGAGCCUGCAACUCUCAGUGGAUAAUGUCACUGUGGAAGCAGGGCAGAUGGCCGGCGCGCAUACCCGCCUGGAGUUCCACAACAUUGAGACCGGCAUCAUGACGGAGCGCCGCUUCAUCUCCGUGGUGCCCUCCAACUUCAUUGGGCACCUGAGCAGCCUGGUCUUCAAUGGGCUGCCCUACAUGGACCUGUGCAAGAACGGUGACAUCAGCUACUGCGAACUCAAUGCUCGCUUUGGCCUGCGCAGCAUCAUAGCCGACCCCGUCACCUUCAAGAGCCGCUCUAGCUACCUGGCACUGGCCACGCUGCAGGCCUACGCCUCCAUGCACCUCUUCUUCCAGUUCAAGACCACAGCCACCGAUGGCCUCAUCCUCUUCAACAGCGGCAAUGGCAACGACUUCAUUGUGGUGGAGCUGGUCAAGGGGUACAUCCACUACGUCUUCGACCUGGGCAACGGGCCAUCGCUGAUGAAGGGGAACUCGGACAAGCCGGUUAACGACAAUCAGUGGCACAAUGUGAUCGUGUCUCGUGACACCAGCAAUGUCCACACACUCAAGAUUGACUCCCGCACUGUCACCCAGCACUCCAAUGGUGCCCGCAACCUGGACCUCAAGGGAGAGCUGUACAUCGGGGGCCUGAGCAAGAACAUGUUCAACAACCUGCCCAAGCUGGUGGCCUCGCGGGACGGCUUCCAAGGCUGCCUAGCCUCUGUGGACCUCAAUGGCCGCCUGCCUGACCUCAUCGCUGACGCCCUGCAUCGGAUCGGGCAAGUCGAGAGGGGUUGUGAUGGCCCGAGCACCACCUGCACCGAGGACUCAUGUGCCAACCAGGGCGUCUGCCUGCAGCAGUGGGACGGCUACACAUGUGACUGCACCAUGACCUCGUACGGAGGCCCCGUGUGCAAUGACCCUGGUACCACGUACAUCUUUGGGAAGGGCGGGGCGCUCAUCACCUAUACCUGGCCACCCAACGACCGGCCUAGCACACGAGCCGACCGGCUGGCUGUGGGCUUCAGCACACACCAGAAGAACGCCAUCCUGGUGCGGGUGGACAGUGCCUCUGGGCUGGGGGACUAUCUACAGCUGCACAUAGACCAAGGCACAAUCGGGGUCAUCUUCAACGUGGGUACGGAUGACAUCACCAUUGAGGAGACCAAUGCGAUGGUGAACGACGGCAAGUACCACGUGGUGCGCUUCACCCGGAGUGGAGGCAAUGCCACACUGCAGGUGGACAACUGGCCUGUCAACGAGCGCUACCCAGCAGGGAACAGUGAUAAUGAGCGGCUGGCGAUUGCUAGGCAGAGAAUUCCGUAUCGGCUCGGUCGAGUAGUAGAUGAGUGGCUACUCGACAAAGAUGUAAAUGGAGCUAUGGCAGUUUACACCAGCUGAGAUACCCGUCCAAGUAGAAUGGAAACUUCUGCCAAGUAGAGCUGUUUUGUGGGCGACAUUCACCUUGGUGCAGAAAUCCAGCACAAGACAUCUGCUCCACUCAGUUGGAUUUAAGUGAUUCAUUAGCAAGGGUGAAUUUCACCCUUUAGGACUAAACCACACUGUAUUAAUUUAAAAGUGUUUGGGAUGGGUUGUUUUUAAAAAGAAAUAAGCAAGAGGAGGUUCAUCAGAUCUGUGCUUAAAUGGAUACUGUCAUCUAAAGAAAGAUUACAUUUUCCAUUUUUGUAGAGCAUUCUUAAAUCUUGCGGGGAUGGGGGAGGAGAUAUGUUUAUUAUAUCUGAUUUCAUCAUUGAUGUCCUAUGGUUAACUUUAUUUUGUACUUGGCACUUCAAUCUAGGAAAAGAGACUGGUCAGUUUCAAGCCUGGAUUUCUAGUUAGUUUCACUAUUGUUUUUAUUCACUUUCACCUUCAGGGCUAGCCCCAGGCUGCAACAUUUGCAUGAAGAAAGAGCAACAGGGUCAGCUCACUAGGUUGUCUUUUAUUAUCUU